AACUGUAGUAAACUUCAAAUAAAGUAUAUUUGAUUCUGUCCUUAUCUUAAGUUUUACAAUAGCGCAGUUAUUUAAUUUGAGAAAUUCCAAAUGAAUGUGAGUAGUUUUGACUGCCCACAAUAUGUCUGCUUCGAAUCUGAGUCUUUCCUGGAUGAUUUUGAGUGUAAAACGGAAACCUCCGAAAUUAAAAAUGACAGCAAACAGAAAAGUUCAUACUUACUUCGAGAAACUCCAUCUCGGUUACUGAAUAAAGCAAAUAUUGAAAAUGUGGAGGGAUACUUAGAGUUUUCGAAACCUUUAAAAUAUGUUGCAAGUCCAGAGAAUCAAGCAGGAGAGUGUAUUCGUGUUCAGUCAAGCUCUCCAGUAGUAUUACAAGAGUCCACUAACCUAACAUCAGAUUUUCCAGUAUUAAGGAAACAAAAGACUUCAAGUAAUGCUAAUUUGCCCCAUAAGGUAUGCAAGUCAACUAUUCCAAAACCAUUCCAGUUCAAAACAAAUGAUCGUGUAAAGGACAAACCUCAUAAGAAUUCUGAUUAUAAAGAACAAGAUUUCAAAAUGCAGCUUCGGAAGAAUACGCUUACUCAGACUGCAAAAGUACCUCAUGUAACUGCAGUACAACCAUUUCACUUAAAGGAACCUACAAAAAGAAAACGAAAUACAGAUGAAUAUUUACCAUUAGCUGAACAAGUUGCUGCAUUUCAGAAGAAAACUCCUAGAAGAUUUCGUCCGCAGAAAGAUGAUCAACCUCUGGAACACUGGUCUCCACAUUCAUGUAAACCUCAGUCACCUAAACUUCAAGCUGUGAAAAGAUGCCGACCUGUAACUGCACUAAGUAAAGAAGAAGAAGAAGCUAAAGAAUUUGAAGAAAUGAAAGCGUAUCAGUUUCAUGCUAGGCCUCUUGAACCAAAAAUAUUCAACAAGCCUGUAUUCAAAAUCUCUCCUAAACCAAAAACAAAACCUAAGGAUAUCCAGUUAAAGACAGAGAGUCGAGCAAAAAUAAUGUAUGGUAGAAAGAAAGAAGAUGAAGAACAGAAGUAUAAAUUCCGUUCUCGUCCUGUUCCUAAAAGUGUAUAUCAGGGACCCAGUGGCUUGAAAACUAAAGAAGCAAUCCCCAAAACACACCCAAAGUCUCCUGCUUUUGCAUUAAAAGAAAGAGCAGAAAAAUGGAAGUCUCAUGCCAAGCUGCACUGUGAAUCUCCAAUCAAAGUUUUUAAACAAAGUUUUAGAAAAGCUCAUCCUGGAACUGCUGCUCCUGUGCCAUUUACAGUAAAAUAUGAAAAGAAACGUACAGAAGUGGAACCUUUUAGCUUUGAUCAAAAGGAUCAAGAACGACAACUGAGAAAGAAACGGAAAAUUGAAGAAGAAAUUGAAAGGGAAAGAAAGGCUCAUGAAUUUCGAGCUCAACCAAUGCCAAGCCCUUCACCUUCAACGCUGCCUGCUGUUCUCAAAAAACCAGCAACUGCACCACAACCAUUUCAGUUUUUAUCAGAACAAAGGGUUUCAAAACAUAAUUUUACAUUCACUGAAGAGACUGUAAUGUUUAAAGCGCAACCAGCUACAGUGUUAAAAAAGGAGCCAUUUCUACCAGAGAAACCUGUACAGGCACCAAUUGAAAUCAAAGAAUUUGAACUCCAGACAGAAAAGAGAGCAUCACAAAGACUUCAGCUCAAAGAAAUAAAGCAGCAAGAAGAAGAAGAAAAACAAAGAAGGCUUCUUCAGCAAAAAGCACUGGAAGAAGAAAAGGAACGACAAGAGAUCAUGCAACUCAGAAAAGAGAUUGUUCAUAAAGCCAAUCCCAUUAGGCAAUACAAACCACUUGAAAUUAAACCUUGCCCUAAGGAACCAACAGUGCCUAUUUCACCCAAAUUUGCGACAGAUGAACGUCUUCAGUCAAGACAUGCAGCACAAUUUUAAUUUUAUACACAAUAUUUUUAUAUAUGGGAGUGCUAUGAAAUGAUACUUUGAAUUUUUAAAUAAAAUAUUUUCUGUGUUAUGUAUUGCUAUUUGAAGGCAAAUAUAGCCUAAAAGUGUUUUGUGAUGCAUCUAUUAAAACAAUUUUUAGUAACUUUAAA